GAAACUCCAACGCUGCUAUUCAGCUUUAGGUUAUAUCGCCAUCAGUCAGUCGGACGGAGCUUCCAAGACCAACACACACACACACUCUUCAUAUAUCACUUCAAUUUCAUUUACACUACACAAUUGCUCCUCUUCGUUACUCUCUCUCCUCAUUUUCUCUCUCUAGAACGCUCAUGGCUGCCGCAGCAUCUGCUUCUUUCACCGGAUCGGUUUUCAAAUCCAACCGUAUCUCAACUAACUCCGCCGGCGUACGGACCGUCGCUUUCAACGGCAAAACCGCAUCCUCAGUUCAGCUUCAACGGAGCCUCAGUUACUCGCAAUGCCGAUCUAAAGUCUCACUUGCUUCGUAUGGUGUAAAAGCACAGGUGGCUACUGCUGAACAAGCAAGUGUUGAUACAACACAGAAGGUGGAAGCUCCUGUUGUUAUUGUGACUGGAGCCUCUAGAGGCAUUGGAAAGGCUGUUGCACUAGCCCUAGGCAAAGCUGGUUGUAAGGUUUUGGUUAAUUAUGCAAGGUCGUCUAAAGAGGCAGAAGAAGUUUGUAAAGAGAUUCAGGCAUCGGGUGGUGAGGCACUUACAUUUGGGGGAGAUGUUUCAAAAGAAGAAGAAGUUGCAUCUAUGAUCAAAACCGCAGUUGAUGCUUGGGGGACUGUUGAUGUAUUGGUCAACAAUGCAGGUAUUACGAGGGACGGCUUGAUGAUGAGGAUGAAGUCAUCUCAAUGGCAGGAGGUUAUUGAUUUGAAUCUCACUGGUGUAUUCCUAUGUACACAGGCAGCUGCCAAAAUUAUGAUGAAGAAGAGAACGGGAAGAAUAAUCAAUAUAGCAUCCGUUGUUGGUCUAGUUGGCAACCUUGGGCAAGCCAAUUAUAGUGCUGCAAAAGCCGGAGUUAUCGGGCUUACUAAAACUGUCGCAAGGGAAUACGCAACCAGAGGCAUAACCGCGAAUGCUAUUGCCCCUGGAUUUAUUUCAUCAGAUAUGACCGCUAAGCUUGGGGAAGACAUUGAGAAAAACAUCUUGAAGACUAUCCCCUUAGGGAGGUAUGGCACUCCUGAAGAAGUUGCUGGGCUUGUUGAAUUCUUGGCUCUCAAUCCUGCAGCUGCUUACAUGACUGGACAGGUGCUUACCAUUGAUGGAGGAAUGGUUAUGUGAGAGCAUUAAAAGCUUAUUGAAUUCCGCAAUCAGUGGAAGAGAAGCUUACGGCGGUUGUAGAUUUUGCCUUGGGAUAACUACAAAAUAAUUAGUUACCAAUUAAGCGUUUGUAUUUUUUAUCGUAUUUAGGCGGGUAGCCAUCACCUUUAUGCCAUGUUGGUCGACAUUUUGAUUUAUCGUUGUAUCUGUUGCAUGUCUGUUUCCAUUGUGUUUCUUGUCUUCGUUCCAUUAACCGCUGCUGGUACUGUUAUUAUAGAUCGAACCGGCACUACUGGUUCACUUGUUGUAAAACUUGUUGAACCAGAUUAAACAAACGUGUAGUUAUUAAAUACUUUACAUAAAAUUUUUAAAA